AUGCGACAAGUUAUCGGCUGCUAUGUGAAUUUAACCAGAACUGCGAUGAAGCCCAGCGUCGCAAUGGCCUCAACAAAUUCCAAGCCGAAGAGAACACCGCGGAGGGCUGCAAAGGAUAAAUACGAAGAGGAAAUAUUGAUGACUAGCGACAAGUCUCGGCUUAUUGAUUUAGAUCUGGUGAAAUUGCUCGCUCUCCCUGAAGCUUGGAACUGUCUUGAAGAAUCCGAGAAACAAGAAAUCCUAGAUUUACUGCCUAACGACACGCAUCCGAAUCCUAACCGUCCACCGGAUGACCCAAACGCGAAAAUUCCCCCUUUACCAGAGUCUUUUUUGCGCUACUCAACUAAUUGGCGUGAGGCUAUUCGUCACUUUCAGUUAGACCUUCAGAAUGGACAUUAUGAUCCGCAGUGGAUGCGUGAGGCUGAAGAGGCUGUUGCGCAGCGAGCUGCUGGCAAGUUCGACAAGUUCAAAGAACAAGAAUUUGAGGAGUUUUGGGGCCAAAAACAAAAAAUGGAUAGGGCCCUAGCUGCUGGCGAAAGCUCCAAGAUCAAACUGAGUACGCUCAUUAAGCAUGGUGUUAUCCGAAGAGGUGACAUUUGGAAAUGGUCUAGGAGUGUCCGUAAGAUCUUGAUUGAAAAGGAAGCCAGGAUAAUUGAUGUCAAUGAAUCCCGUCUGACGUUUGCUGUUCCUGCUGGGCGACGUACUUUUCUAAAAACUCCAGUGGCCCCAAACGCAAAGACUACGGGUACAGAGAGGAGACCAGAAAGUCCACCAGAGUCUAGUUCGAUAUCUCCACCUUUAACACAAGCAAAUGGCGCAGUAUCAGCUGAUAUAAAAGAAACGGAGGCUGGAUCCUCCAGAAAACGCAGUGUUGAGCCCAACACUGAGAUCUUACCGACCAAGAGACAGCGUGGACUCUCGCCCAAAGGGCCCCCUGCCCAAGGGCAGGGGGCGGCGAACGCCGCAGCUGUAGAAAUCACCAACAGUCUUUCUGAGAACGGGAUGAAGUCAUCAUCGUCUAGUAACGAGCACAGCCUUGACUCGUCUGCAGAAAGUCAGGAAAGUGGCUCUAAUUCUGGAGCAGCCCCGCAAAACACGAAGCCAGAGGUAUCAGACGAUUCGAAACUCGAAGAGCCAGAACUCGCCAACUCUCCGGAUGAGCAACCCUCGCAAGCGCUACCUGAAAAGGAUGAAGAACCUGAUGAGGUUAUCGUUCGGGACAUUCAAGGGCCUACAGCACUUACUUUGGAGAUGUUAAGAAUUGAUGGCCGCGUCGACAAAGCUACCAAUGGUAAUGCCUGGAAAGAGCUCCGUUGCUUCAGGGAUAAUCAGGAUAUGGGCACUCUAUGGGAGGUGAGGCAUGCUUGCUACUUACAAGCAAUCAUGAUGCAUCAUUAUUUGCUCCAAAGACCAUAUUUUCCUCCCUAG